CAAACGUCGCUGGCCGCGGAUGCCAGAUGGCUCGAGAUCGUCGCGAUCAUUCUGUCGCGUGCCCCGGCGCUCCCGCGGCCACACUUGCCAAACACGCUCAUACACCGACUUGCCGUCGACCACCAUGAACUCCCAGCCGGGCACCAAUUACAGCGCCCAGGGCCCGUCGGGCGGGUCGGGAGCAUACAUGCCAGCCCCUCGCCAGGAGAUGGAGUACCUCUGCGCAGAUUGCGGCGCGAAAAACGAGAUCAGAUCUCGAGAGCCGAUACGUUGUCGCGAGUGCGGCCACAGGAUCAUGUAUAAGAAGAGGACAAAACGAAUGGUACAAUUUGAGGCGCGAUGAGCCGCCGCGUUUGUGCCCGUGCUUGUAUCUCAUGCCCCGUCUUCGCGUUAUCCUGGCCAUUUGUUGAUCUGCACGCUGUCCCCUUCAUUCAUCAUUUGUAUAUUAAGCAUGGGUAGUCCAAUAGAGGCAAUUACGUGAUACAUAAGCUAGCCAUUACU